AUGCGCGACGAAUUUCGGCAAAAUGCCGAAAACAUCGAGGCAAGUCGUGAUAAUGGCGAUGGAACAUUUCGAAUCGCAUUUUUCGAUCAACAAAAUGUUUCAAAAUGGAUAGCAGAACCUUUAUUCAAAGGAAAAGAACAACUCGAUAAAAAAUCGAAAUAUAUUAUGAUGGUUCUAGUUCGACCAGAGAAUUCAGGACGUCGCCGAGUAUUUCGUGAUUCAAUCGCAUCGCCUAAAUAUUCUAGAGUUAUUAUGAAUGGCGCAAUGCGAUUCGUUUUCGUGUGUGGGAGAAGUUUGGAUGAAAAUGUGAAUUUGGAAUUAAAAAAGGAGGCUGAUACUUUUGGUGAUAUUCUAAUUACAGAAUUCUUAGAUUCGUAUGUUCAUUUACCUUAUAAGGCAAGUCAAAUUAUUUUUCUAGAAAAAAAACCUCAACCAAUUUAUCUUAAAAAUUCAGGUUCUUAGCGCUCUACUUCUAGCAACAACUCGUUUUGAAAAGGCUGAAAUUAUUGCAAAAUAUGAUGAAGAUGUUCUAUUCUAUCCUGAUCAUUUUUCCGCAUAUUUCGAGAAUUUUAGAAAAGAUCCAAUUUUAUUUUCGAAACCAGUUAUUUGGGGUGAUUUUUAUGACUGGAAUGUGGUUGUAAAUCGAAAUAUUUCAAGUCCAUAUUUCGUAUCAAAAAGUAGUUAUAAAUGUGAUUAUUACGCUGAAUAUAUUUCUGGUCCUAUUUAUUUUAUGACGAAAAUUGCGGCGCAAAAUAUUCUGGCAAUAACGAAACAUCGAAAUUUUCAAAGUGUAAGUUGUCUCCGGUUUAACUUGAAAUCAAAAACUUAUUUUUAGGUUGAGGACUGUCUUAUCACGGGUCUCUACGGAAUGGAUAUUGGCGCCAAACUAAUUAAACUACCUAAUAUGUUUUUCGCUGAUUAUGCAACUAAAAACACCGAAACUACACCGCUUUUAACGUGGCAUAAUAAGAAAAAUGACGUGGAAUUGAAAAGUGCUUUUUUUGAAAUGAUAGAAACACGCUGUGAACCUUGUAGACGGUUUUUGUUGGAACAGGAAUAA